AUGUUUAGUACUUUGUAAUUUAAACCCAUUGGUUAUAAUUAGUGGUUCUAAAGACAAGAAUCUAAAAUUUUGGUAUUAAUAGGAAUCGCAGUGGAUUUGUAAAUAAACAAUUGUGGAGCAUUCAAAUACAAAGGCAACACUUUAAUUUCUUGUGGAGAGGAUGAUGUUAUCAACAUCUUAAAAUUUUAGGAUGAUCAUCAAUGGAAGGUUGUUUAAAAAUUGGAAGGAUAGGGUGUUAGAUUGUCAUUUAUAUCUAAGGACAUAUUUGUAUUUUAACCAUGGUAAGGUAGUAAACUUGAACUCUAUACAUAUUCAACAUAGAGUGGAUUAUAUUAUAAAUAUCAGGAAUUACCAAUUUAAUCAUGUAGAUAAUUAUGUGCUAAUUUAUUUCCAUGCUUCUUUGUUUCUUCAAAGAACAUUGUACUAUCCAAAAAUGGUUAUAAUUUGAAUUUUAUCAAAUUCAAAACCAAUUCAUCAUAGUUUGAGGGUAAAUUAGAGUAAGCUAUCGAUUUCAAUUAUCCUAAUAAUUGGUUGGGGAAUAUCUUUGGUACUAUGAGCGAAGGAGGAGACUUUUUGAUUACAUGGGACAGCAAAACGAAACAAAUAUAAAUUCGGGAAUAUAAAGAGUUUUAAUAAUAAAACAAAACAUCAAGUUAAAAAAAUUGUUAGAUUUUUUGA